UUGCAAGAGGAACUAGGGCCAGGAGCCUGUGACAGAGCAGUGGGUGAAGGAGGAGAGCCAUGUCAGAGCCACCCCCAAGAACCCUCUAGCCUCACCCCUGUCAUUACCCACAGGAGCCUAGACACCAUCUCACCAUGGGCAGCAAGGAGCGCUUUCACUGGCAGAGUCACAAUGUGAAGCAGAGUGGUGUGGAUGACAUGGUGCUGCUGCCCCAGAUCACCGAGGACGCCAUUGUGAGCAACCUCCGCAAACGCUUCAUGGACGACUACAUCUUCACAUAUAUUGGCUCAGUGCUAAUCUCUGUAAACCCCUUCAAGCAGAUGCCCUACUUCACUGACCGAGAAAUUGACCUCUAUCAGGGUGCGGCUCAAUAUGAGAAUCCUCCGCACAUCUAUGCCCUCACCGACAACAUGUACCGGAAUAUGCUGAUCGACUGUGAGAACCAGUGUGUCAUCAUCAGUGGGGAGAGCGGAGCUGGGAAGACAGUGGCUGCUAAAUACAUCAUGGGCUACAUCUCCAAGGUGUCUGGUGGGGGAGACAAGGUCCAGCACGUCAAAGACAUAAUCCUACAGUCAAACCCACUGCUUGAGGCUUUCGGCAAUGCCAAGACUGUGCGCAACAACAAUUCCAGCCGCUUUGGAAAGUACUUUGAGAUCCAAUUCAGCCGAGGCGGAGAACCAGACGGAGGCAAGAUCUCCAACUUCCUGCUGGAAAAGUCUCGUGUGGUCAUGCAGAAUGAGAAUGAGAGGAAUUUCCACAUCUACUACCAGCUUCUGGAAGGGGCCUCCCAGGAGCAGCAGCAGAACCUUGGACUCAUGACGCCAGACUACUAUUACUACCUCAACCAAUCAGACACCUACAAGGUGGAAGGCACUGAUGACCGAAGUGACUUCAGUGAGACCCUGAACGCCAUGCAAGUCAUCGGGAUCCCGACCAGCGUGCAGCAGCUCGUCUUGCAGCUCGUGGCAGGGAUCCUGCACCUGGGGAACAUCAGCUUCUGUGAGGAAGGGAAUUAUGCCCGUGUGGAGAGUGUAGACCUCUUAGCUUUCCCAGCCUACCUGCUUGGCAUAGACAGUGGGCGACUACAAGAGAAGCUGACCAGCCGUAAGAUGGACAGCAAAUGGGGUGGACGCAGCGAGUCCAUUGACGUGACCCUCAAUGUGGAACAGGCAGCCUACACUCGGGACGCCCUGGCCAAGGGACUCUAUGCCCGCCUCUUCGACUUCCUGGUGGAGUCCAUCAACCGUGCUAUGCAGAAGCCUCAGGAAGAAUACAGCAUCGGCGUGCUUGACAUCUAUGGCUUUGAGAUCUUCCAGAAAAAUGGCUUUGAACAGUUCUGCAUCAACUUCGUGAACGAGAAGCUGCAACAGAUUUUUAUUGAGCUCACCCUGAAGGCAGAGCAGGAGGAGUAUGUGCAAGAGGGCAUCCGCUGGACCCCCAUCGAAUACUUCAACAACAAAGUUGUGUGUGACCUCAUCGAAAACAAGCUGAACCCGCCAGGUAUCAUGAGCGUGCUGGACGAUGUGUGUGCAACGAUGCACGCUACCGGUGGCGGCGCGGACCAGACACUGCUACAAAAGCUGCAAGGCGCAGUGGGCAGCCACGAGCACUUCAACAGCUGGAGCGCGGGGUUUGUCAUCCACCACUAUGCAGGCAAGGUUUCCUAUGAUGUCAGUGGCUUCUGUGAGAGGAACCGAGAUGUACUGUUCUCUGAUCUUAUAGAACUGAUGCAGUCCAGUGACCAGGCCUUCCUACGGAUGCUCUUUCCUGAGAAGCUGGAUGUAGACAAGAAGGGCCGCCCCAGUACUGCUGGCUCCAAGAUCAAGAAACAAGCCAACGACCUGGUGUCCACGCUGAAGAAGUGCACACCCCACUACAUCCGCUGCAUCAAACCUAACGAGACCAAGAGGCCCAGGGACUGGGAGGAAAGCAGGGUGAAGCACCAGGUGGAGUACCUGGGCCUGAGGGAGAACAUCCGCGUGCGAAGGGCAGGCUUCGCCUACCGUCGGCAGUUCUCCAAGUUCCUGCAAAGGUAUGCCAUUCUGACCCCUGAGACAUGGCCACGGUGGCGUGGAGAUGAACGCCAGGGUGUCCAGCACCUGCUUCGUGCUGUCAACAUGGAGCCAGACCAGUACCAGAUGGGGAGCACCAAGGUCUUUGUUAAGAACCCCGAGUCGCUUUUCCUCCUGGAAGAGAUGCGAGAGAGGAAGUUUGACGGCUUCGCCCGCACUAUCCAGAAAGCCUGGCGGCGCCACGUCGCAGUCCGAAAGUAUGAGGAGAUGCGAGAAGAAGCUUCCAACAUCCUACUGAACAAGAAGGAACGGAGGCGGAACAGCAUCAACCGGAACUUCGUCGGGGACUAUCUGGGGCUGGAGGAGCGGCCCGAGCUGCGCCAGUUCCUGGCCAAAAGGGAACGAGUGGACUUUGCUGACUCAGUCACCAAGUAUGACCGCCGCUUCAAGCCCAUCAAACGGGACUUGAUCCUGACCCCAAAGUGUGUGUAUGUGAUUGGGAGAGAGAAGGUAAGAAGGGGACCAGAGAAGGGUCUGGUGCGUGAAGUCCUGAAGAAGAAACUGGAGCUCCAGACCCUCCGUGGGGUGUCCCUCAGCACCCGACAGGAUGACUUCUUCAUCCUUCAAGAAGAGGCCGCCGACAGCUUCUUAGAAAGCAUCUUCAAGACCGAGUUUGUCAGCCUUCUGUGCAAACGCUUUGAAGAGGCAGCGCGCAGGCCCCUACCCCUCACCUUCAGUGACCUACUACAGUUCCGGGUGAAGAAAGAAGGCUGGGGAGGAGGCAGUACCCGAAAUGUCACCUUCUCUCGCGGGACAGGUGACUUGGCUGUGCUCAAGGCUGGGGGUCGAGCUCUCACUAUCAGCAUUGGGGACGGAUUGCCUAAGAGCACCAAGCCUACACGGAAGGGGUUAGCCCAGGGAAGACCUCGAAGGCCUGCCCAGGCUCCCACUCGAGCAGCUCCUGGGCCCCCCAGAGGCCUGAAUCGAAAUGGGAUACCACCCUCCUCCCAGGGAAGGUCCCUGCCCCUGGAGAUCACAUCUGGCAGGAGUUCCCAGAGGCCUCCACGGGGUCCUCCAUCCUCAGCCCUAGGAGCCAGCAGACGCCCUCGUGCACAGCCACCUUCAGAGCAUAACACAGAAUUCCUUAAUGUGCCUGACCAGGGUGUGGCAGGCAUGCAAAGGAAGAGAAGCAUAGGGCAGAGACCUGUGCCAGGAGUGGGCCGGCCUAAGCCCCAACCACGGACACACGGCCCAAGGUGCCGGGCGCUGUACCAAUACGUAGGUCAGGAUGUGGAUGAGCUGAGCUUUAACGUGAAUGAAGUCAUCGAGAUCCUCAUGGAAGAUUCUUCUGGCUGGUGGAAGGGUCGGCUUCAUGGCCAGGAAGGUCUCUUUCCAGGAAACUAUGUGGAGAAGAUCUGAUCGUCCAUCCACCAGCCUGCCUGCUUGCCUGCCUGGGAGCCAAACCCUGCCAGUGUGAGCCUUGGUUAUCCUGUCUGCACUGGCCAGAAUACUCAGGCUUGUGGCCUCCAGCCCAGUGGGGUCCCCGUGUGUGGAGGAUCACCACUGUAGCGCCCUGUGCCUGGUACUGCCUUCCCAUGGGUUGAAUUGCUGUCUAAGUCUCCAUGUUAUCAUGUGUCCAAAAGUACUUGCUGCAGAAUCUACCUCCCAGCCGCCUGUGUAUAUGAAACAAAUCAUGUCCUGCCUUGUGAGCAAAGUGUUGUGCACUGCCCAAAGUGAGGGGAUGUUGACAGUUAGACCUCUCCACUUUCUCUCAUCACUGAGGCAAUAAACAUGUGUCAGGUACAA